AUGGCCGGAAGAAAGAAGACCCUUUCAAUAGAAUGGACGGCAACAGAUUCAACGACGCAUAUUCAACUUCCAGAUGGAUUGUUGGUUAAUGGAUUAGCCUGUGAGGACCCGAAGCUCGCUCAAGCCAGCGAUUUCUUCUUUGCUGGGCUCCACAAACCUGGCAACACAUCAAACUUCCUUGGAUCGGCGGUCACUCCCGUCUUCGCGGCCCAUUUACCUGGACUUAACACGCUCGGCAUCUCGAUGGUUCGCAUAGACUAUGCACCAUGGGGCCUCAUUUCUCCCCACACUCACCCACGGGCCACUGAGAUCCUAACGGUCAUCCAGGGCACCAUCUAUGCUGGCUUCGUCACGUCCAACCCCGACAACCGUCUGAUUGCGAAAGUCCUCCAGAAGGGCGAUGUGUUCGUCUUCCCAGAGGGACUCAUUCACUUCCAACGUAACAUUGGGUAUGGUAAUGCUGUUGCGAUCGCAGCCCUUAGCAGCCAAAACCCAGGUGUGAUCACCAUCGCUAAUUCUGUCUUCGGAUCGAAUGGGCCCAUUCCAGCUGAGGUCCUUACCAAGGCCUUCCAGCUGGACAAGAAUGCAGUAGAUUAUCUCCAGUCCAAGUUCUAA